AAUAAGUCGUAUUUAUCAACUACGCCUGUGCAUUCACAAUUUCACCCGAUCCAUCCACCCCAAAGCCUAUACACACAAUAUACAUACACAUAAUUAUCUCCGUCUCUCCAUAACCAGAUCCACCACUUUUAUCUCUGUUGAGAGUUUUGUGAUUCGUUAACAUGGGUGGUGGUUUUAGAGUGCUGCAUUUGGUUAGGCCAUUUCUGUCCUUCUUGCCAGAGGUGCAGAGUGCUGACAGGAAAGUUCCUUUCAGAGAGAAGGUUAUCUAUACUGUGAUCUCCCUUUUCAUCUUUCUGGUGUGCAGUCAACUCCCGUUGUAUGGAAUUCAUUCGACCACUGGAGCAGACCCCUUCUACUGGAUGCGUGUUAUUCUGGCCUCAAAUCGUGGUACAGUCAUGGAGCUGGGGAUCACACCAAUUGUCACUUCGGGACUUGUGAUGCAGCUAUUGGCUGGGUCUAAGAUUAUUGAAGUGGAUAACAAUGUUCGCGAAGAUCGGGCACUCUUAAAUGGCGCUCAGAAGCUGCUUGGCAUCCUGAUUGCUGUUGGUGAGGCUGUUGCAUAUGUUCUUUCCGGAAUGUAUGGGAGUGUCGGUCAGCUUGGUGUUGGUAAUGCUAUUCUUAUUAUCGUUCAGCUGUGCUUUGCUGGUAUCAUUGUGAUAUGCUUAGACGAGCUGCUUCAGAAGGGAUAUGGUCUUGGAUCUGGAAUAUCUUUGUUCAUAGCUACCAAUAUCUGUGAAAGUAUUAUCUGGAAAGCAUUUAGCCCUACAACUAUCAACAGCGGGCGUGGUGCUGAAUUUGAAGGUGCAGUCAUCGCUUUGUUCCAUUUGCUAAUAACAAGGACGGACAAAGUUCGAGCUCUUCGGGAAGCUUUUUAUCGGCAGAAUCUGCCGAAUGUGACAAAUCUUCUUGCCACUGUUUUGAUCUUCCUCAUUGUGAUCUACUUCCAAGGCUUCCGUGUGGUUUUGCCUGUCAGAUCAAAGAAUGCUCGUGGACAACAAGGAUCCUACCCCAUUAAGCUAUUCUACACUUCUAACAUGCCAAUUAUUCUUCAAUCUGCACUUGUGUCCAACCUUUAUUUCAUCUCACAGUUGCUGUACAGGAAGUAUAGUGGCAAUUUCUUGGUCAAUUUAUUGGGCAAGUGGCAAGAAUCUGAAUAUUCAGGUCAAUCUGUCCCAGUUGGCGGUCUUGCUUAUUAUGUGACUGCACCAUCAAGCUUAGCGGAUAUGGCAGCCAAUCCUUUCCAUGCUCUUUUCUAUAUUGUGUUCAUGCUGUCAGCAUGCGCACUUUUCUCCAAAACAUGGAUUGAGGUUUCAGGAUCUUCUGCAAGAGAUGUUGCUAAGCAGCUAAAGGAGCAACAAAUGGUGAUGCCUGGCCAUCGUGAUUCAAAUCUGCAAAAGGAGCUCAACCGCUACAUUCCCACUGCAGCUGCCUUUGGAGGUAUCUGUAUUGGUGCAUUGACUGUCCUGGCCGACUUCAUGGGAGCUAUUGGCUCUGGAACUGGGAUUUUGCUUGCAGUUACAAUUAUAUAUCAGUACUUCGAGACAUUUGAGAAGGAGAAAGCCAGUGAACUAGGUUUGUUUGGCUUUUAAGUGUCUAGUUGAUGGUUUUGAUAUUAGUUGGCCCAGGUAGGGUCUAGGUUACUUUCUGUUGAGCUGAGAGGUUGACUGUUUUGGUACACAUGUUGUAACAUUCUGCGGAUCAACAAUCGAAAAUGUGGCAUUGUCAAAUCCUUGGACAGCACUGACAAUUCUAGCUGUAAUACUUUUCUUAAAAAUUUUAAAUGUUAGGAGAAACAUACAGAUUCAGUAAAGAGAUUUGUUUUAAUUA